GCGUUCACAGGCCAGCAGGUGCAGGUGCUCGUGUUCCGCGAUGCCGACAUCGUCGAGCUUGCGAUCGCCAAGACCCUGCGUGACGAGGAGUGUGUUCGGCGCUCGUCAAGCAGGGAGUUGAGGCUACGGUCGCGGAGCAGGUCCUCAAGCUCUUCGGCUUCGGAUCUGUACUCAAGGGUUCGGUGGCCCCGCCAGCCGCCGUCGCCAGCACUUCGGGAGUACAAGAAACUGCUGACGCAGGCGCGCUCGGAGGAGCCCCAGGUGAAGCCACCCACCCCGCCGCCAGCACCAGGGUGUCAGAAGGUGCUGGCGUGGGAGCCGCGGGUGGCUCACCAGGAGCCCUGGCGGGCUCGGGAGACGCCAGCCCUGGCCACGGAACCGCCUGCGUCCAGCGUGAGCGCUCCAGCACGGGAGCAGGCGGAAAGGAAGAACCAUAUCUUGCUUCACCUGCAGUUGGACCGCAUCUCCUCGCAGCAUGAGGCGCUGGCCCAGGCGGCGAAGGAGCUGCAGCAGAAGAAAGUAAGUCCUUCGCCUCGGAGGGCGUCGGCCCCGGCGUUGGACUCGGCGCCUUCGCAGGGGGCCCUCAAGAAGCGGCGUUGGCGCCGUGUGAAGGCCAAGAAGAAGGAGGAGCUGGAGCUGGAGGUCGCCCCCGUGGAGGCGGUGAAGACCUUCGCCUUGGAUGUGCUCGACGAGGGGAUCAGCGCCGAGGGCGAAGAAGUGGUGGCUCAGCAGGCUGCCCCAGCCGCCGGCCUUCGCACGCUCAGCAACAAGGAGAAGAGGGAGCUUAAAAAGCAGCGGAAGCUGCCCGACGUGGAGCGCAGCCUUCGCAGGCCUGGCCGGGAGAGGGACCCAGGCACGGAGCCGCUGGAGGUGCUGCACGCAGAGCACCAGCGCGCGGGCCUCGAGUGGAUCUGGGAGCAAUUCGUAGCCAGGGCGAAGGAUGAGAAAGCCCGCUUCCCAGAGGA